AUGGCACCUCGAGACGCGGCGCGUGGGCGUGCAGGAGAAGUGUCGGAGGGCCCGCGCUGCAGAGGCGGCCGCAGCCCGCGGGGUGGACCGCCGCCGCCGCCCCCGCUGUUUACUUUUGCGUGUGCUCCGGUGCCGUCGCGGCGCGGCGCGCCUGGGCGUCUUGCGACGGCGACGGCGACGCCGGCGUCACGGGAUGAGAAAACCGUCGCUGCCAACAUAGCUCUCCAUAGCCGACAUAGUUCACGGAAGGAAAUACGAUCUAUGUUAAUCAGCGGCAUUGCGCCUCUUUUCAUCAACGAGAGCAUGGUGUGGUCCUUGGUGGUGCACAAGGUUUCCUGGGCUGCACAGAGAUCACAUUUGGUUUCCUCGGGUGACGAGAGUCCAUUACAUUGCCGAAACUGGCGAAAUCUGUGGUGAAAUCGUGCAUAGGAACCAUAGGACCAGAACGCCUCUACACAGGAUAAUUGAAGAUGACAAUACGAACUACUGAGGCAGCGUCCCAACAAGAUGAAUUCAUCCCUCGCAUGCUGGCGAAACUGGCUCAUCAGCUAGAGGUUGAGAAGGCUGAAGCACGGCGCAAAUAAUCCAUUCCAUAUAAUCCAGGAUCAUUCAUCAUGGUUUCAGAGGGAUGGCAUGAGGAACACCAUCCUGGAUAUCUACAAAGAUGAUGACGGAGCUCUUCAAACCUUGCACCGUGUUCUCAAGUUUGAGCCGUAUGCCUCCAGGUGUCACUCAAUUUGCUGAUUAUGCAGAAACAGAACGUGAUCAAACUAACAGUGGAGAUGUAUAGUGGUGCUGAACAUGCCAAGAGUUGCCUGUGGUGCCAUGAAACACAGUCACUAAUUAUUGUAAGAAGAUGCUUUCGAAUGGAGCAUCACAAAGCUCUUGCCUGAGGGAAAGGCUAUAAAAGCAUGGUAUGAUUCGUUUGUGGAAACAGGCUGUGCGGCACUUCGAGAGAAAGGGAAAGGUCAUCCAUGGAAAGCAGGCUCUCGUGCAUCUGGGAAGAAAUUGUGUAUGGCUGGAAUAUCUGCCAUGUAACAAGAGGAAGCCACAUGGAGCAUUUGUAGAAAAUGGAUAAAGUUGUACAACAUAUCUGCAACGAGAAACCGUUUUGAAAGAGAAACAAACAGCUUGAUAGCUUAUUACAUCAUCAUGUUACAGAUAGUUUGGAGUAAAAAUUAAUGUGUUCAUGUAAUUUAAUGUUAAACAGCAAGUAAACUGAUGUUCUGCUAAUUUUUGUUUGUUUCUAAUUAGUUUUUGGAUUAUUGGGCUCUCAUCAGGAAACAACUUACUAGUGUCCACAGGGUACGCUAGUUCUUAGGUAACCAAACAUUAUAAGCAGAUAUACAAUCCAGUUGCACAGCAUACUGUUUAUGUGGUAAAUUGAAAAUUGACAAUAAAGUAAGUUUUUAGUUUUUCUUGUAAUAAAAAUAACCCUGAUUUUGUGCAGAAAAUUGCCCAUGGUUAGAAGGUUCAUAUGUUGUUAACGUGGAUCCCUUAUUGUGGAGAUAUGCUUUGUAUAUUUGUUUAUAUAUAAUGAUAGAAAGUGUAAUAUUGUAUCAAUUAUUAUGACAUCAGUAGUAUGUACAGUGAUCAAAGAUGAGAGAAUGAAUAAAUAAAUAUAUAAAUAAA